CUUUCCCGUAGGACAGCGAAACGCUAGCUUGGUUACAGAAUACCAGAGAGUCCAAAUGUCAUAUAUUUAAACAAGAAAGUUAUCUGUUAAGCUAACGCUGACUGUAGUGCGUGUAGGGGACAUGAAGUGCCAGUAGGACGCAGAGGAAAGGACACACGCGCUUUCUCCGCCCUCUGGGAUAGCCUAGCUUCAGAUGAACUCCACAGAGGAGCCAGAAGAACCCAGCAAACCCUCAGGCGGUGACAGGACACUUGCUUUGGCCGUUUGCUCUGCUGCCAUUGGAGGGACCUUCCAGUAUGGCUACAACAUCUCAAUUAUCAACGCCCCUACCAGCUACAUCCAGAGCUUCAUCAAUGAGACCUACAUGGAGCGCUGGGGCAUCAGCUUGGAGGCCCCUCAGGUCACUUUAAUGUGGACUCUGAUUGUGUCUGCCUUCUCCCUGGGCGGUCUGCUAGGAGCUCUGCUAGCAGGGCCUCUGGCCGUCCGCUUUGGCAGGAAGAACUCGCUGCUUCUGAACAACUCUUUCCUGUUUGUUGGUGCUGUGUUGGUGCUGGCCUCCAGGGUGGCAAAAUCCGUUGAGAUGAUCCUCUUUGCUCGUUUCCUGGUGGGGAUCAACUCGGGCGUCAGUAUGAACGUCCAGCCUAUGUACUUUGGGGAAAGCGCGCCCAAACACCUCCGGGGUGCUGUGGCUUUUUCCUCUGCUGUUUUCACUGCAUUUGGGAUCGUCUUGGGUCAGAUUGUGGGACUGACCGAGCUGUUGGGCACAGAGCCUCUUUGGCCCUACUUACUUGCUAGUAACGCUUUGCCAGGGUUGAUCCAGCUCCUGACCCUACCCUGGUUCCCCGAAAGCCCCAGAUACCUUCUCAUCGACAGGGGGGACAGGGAAGCGUGUGUCCGGGCGCUUGGACGGCUUCGGGGUGGGGAAGCGCCGGUCUUGGAGAUGGAGGAGAUGCUACAGGAGCAGCAGCAGCAAAAAUCUGCAGCCUUGGGUUCUGGAUCCACAGCUUCAGCCAAGAGGCCCUGGACCCUGUUUAAAGACCCCGACCUGCGUUGCCAGCUCAGAACGGUCAUGGCAGCCAGCAGUGCCAUGAUGCUCUGCGGCAAUGACUCCAUCUACUUCUACGCUUACUACAUCUUUCUCGCAGCAGGGAUUCCUCCAGCGAAAAUCCAAUACAUCACCAUAGGCACCGGGGCAUCUGAGCUAAUUGCCUCUAUUCUGAGUAAUCUGCUGAUUGAACGUGUGGGACGCAGGUACCUUCUUGUGGGAGGGUACUCUCUUAUGUGCAUCUGGACUGUAGUCUUCACCGUUGCGCUAAACCUCCAGAUGGCCUACCUCAGUAUGGCAUGUGUGUUCGCCUACAUUCUCAGCUUUGGCUUGGGCCCUGCAGGGGUGACGGGGAUCUUACCCGCUGAGAUCUUUGACCAGGCGGCGCGGCCGGCAGCGUACAUGGUAGCUGGCUCAUGUAUGUGGAUCGGCCUGUUCUUGGUGGGCAUGCUGUUCCCCUUCAUCGUCAGAAGCCUGGGGGACUUCUGCUUCCUGCCGUUCUUGGCCGUGUGUUUGGUGUCCGCUGUGUUUUUGGGGCUCACCUUACCAGAGACUAAAGGCAAGACGCUGGCUGAGAUCACUGCAGAGUUUGAUAGCAAGAAUGGUGUGAAGAAGGAGCGGUCGGGCAUGCAAGGCGAGGAGCCCAUUGGGGGGGACUACCAGCUGGGUAAAGCCUGCUCCUUCACAAGCCUAACGCAAGAUCCUGACGCUAAACCUGACCCUGGCCUCAGAAUAGGGAUUGAUAUUUAACGUCCAGUGAAAGUGGAAAUGAAAGUGCCUUUGUGGCUUCUUUAUGCACUUACAGUGUAGAAAGGAUUACUCCGUAGGAGGAAUCUGAAGUGUCCUAUUUAUGAAAGGUGAUCUCUGUGUAAUGACGGUAACACAAUAAUUUAAAGCUUAAGUUUGGAACUUUAUGUUAAUGAACAUCCGUUACAUUCAAGCCAUUGCCAAAUGAGUUGAUACAAAGCUAAUUAAGACCAUCAGCUCCACACAACUCUGUCUGGAUUUCUCAGUAUGGUAAUGGUCAACAACUAGCGUUAUGCAAUGACAUUUGCUGAUAAUUACCUCUUCUGAAGAGUCCAUUAUGGUUUUUUUAAUCCUCCGUGUCCUCCUUUGGCAACUGCGUGGAGAAGGGGUGGGGGUGGUGCGCGAUCACGGAAGGCUUGUAUCACGUGGAUUUUAUUGUCAUUACUUAGAGUUCCUCAUGGGGGAGACAGAAACUACGCACUGCAGCUUUACUCAUUGAAAAGUAUUGGAAUGAUCUGUUCAAGCAGAAGUGGCUAGGCCCACUCAAAGCAAGUGUUAACUUGUGUUUAGAACACAGGAUGCUCUUUUAGAGACUUCUCUGUUAAUUACCUCCACGAUGGCCACAGAAAAGGCAUCCUGACGGUUAAUCCGUCCCUCCAGGAUUUCACGAUGUCGCGAUUAAGACAAUAAACACAAAUUCAACCAAUCGCUGUGAAUUUGGUUUGACCAAUCACCGCAACUUUCCUGCAAAUUUGAAGUAGUGUCCCGUAGUGUCCCGCGUCUUCAACCAAUCCCAGCAGUCCCAGCGGUAUGUAACUCUGAGAGCCAAUGACCAAACGGGAGUGAGAGCAGGUUGACGUCACACGGACGUCACCAAAUUCAUUUCCUUGUUUCUAAUAUGAAGACGAGACGUGUGUGACUCGAACAUUUCACGUAUACCAAAUCCAUUUCAGACCGUCCUUUACACCUGUAUACAUUUUAACAUCAAUGAACGCUGUAACGUUUUUCACUCGAGUCGCUGGAGUCAGUGAAAGCUGCUGCUGGUUCCAGUCGGCCGUCUGCUGCUCAGUUACGGGAGCUGUAUAGGAUGACCUAAAUUAAAGAGAGCUACGCUCGUUAUUAUAAGUGCAAUGAAAAGUUAAUGUCCAAGAAGUACUUUAUCAAACCGUAUGAAUGUGUGUCCCAGCUUAGGCCAGGAUAGGAAAUUAACAAGGUCAACAAGCUACUGACACAUACUGUAUGUUUACAAAUUCACAAAUUUUAUUAGUUCAAUAAAUUGUAAUUUUUUUUGUCUGAAAUCCACCAACCAUUUUCAUAUUAUACCAACAUUUGCAGCAUCCUGAGCCUUUUUGGUUUGGUUACUAGGAAAACUCAGCCAAGAGGAUUGUUAUUCUGCGCUAUUAUUAUUCUAUUUUUAAAGAAGUAAACCAAGAAAAUCACAACUUUCUUUUGCGAUUUUCACUGUCUCUCGCAACUUCAUUGCAAUAUAAAUACAAAAGACAUUGCAACUUGUAUUGCAACUUUUUUUUUUUUACAAAAGCUGCCACAAAGUCUGUGAAUAGUGUCACAGGACUAAGCCUCUGUGAUGUACUCUAUGCACUUAUAAAUAUAUAUAUAUUUGUUUUUUGCAUCAACUGUCCUGUAUUUAUAUUAGCUGGACUCCCAGCCUAGGUAUCUUUUUAGCUCUAAUAGCAUUCUUUAAUGUACUUAUGCACUGGAUUUUAUGAAUGCAGCUCUGCCAAACAGCCAGUAGAUGUAGCCAUUGUCAUUUCCCUUUGCCUCUUGUUCUUUGGUCGCUUAACUAUGUAGCUGUUAAACAUGACAGUGACUCACAGAUGUAACACCCAGGCCAAGAUGACACUUUUAAAUUUUACAGCUGUGGGAUCAAGGUCUGUGGAGCUGGGACGGAGCCGAUCCGCAGUCCGUGAAAAUUGGGGGUUAGCCUCCCAGCUCUGUCACAGCUCCCGUAUGUUCCCUUUUUUUGCCUUUUUAGAUCAUUUCUUAAGACUGAAUCAAGAUGUAGCAGAUAUCUAUUAUUUUGUAUUGCCAAAGAUAUUUAUUUUGUAUAAAAAAUCCAAAUCACCCUCUCUCGAUCCUACUUUUCUUGCUGGAUUUCUAGUAUUAAAAACCCACUGCUGUAGCAUGUCGAAGAGGCUGUGCACUGACUGAAUGACAUAUUGUUAUUUUUUGACUGUCUUUCCAAAGCAUGCCUUGAUGAUAAUGAGGAUUCUGUAAAAAGGUCACUGUACAGGGGAGGGGCUAGAAGGGGGGGGGGGGGGGGGGGGGCAAUCCAUUGGGCCAGAGUGCUGUCAUUCUGACAUGUGAUUUCCAUUAGAUCACAGCACUAUCAUGGGCUGCCUGAUCUGCCAAUUUUCCAAUGAUUGAUCAUUUUUGUCACAUUACCAAUUAAUAAGGUAGCAGACUGAGCCUAUAGAAAUGUGAUUUGUUACAAUAUAUAUUGGAUGUACAAUUUGACUUAAAUGAAAACAUGUGACACUAAUAGUGAAUGUGAUGUUUUAUUUAGUAAAAUUACAUCAUGUUGUUCUAUCCUAUCCAUUAUGCCCCUGGUUAUUGGGACCCCCUGUGCCACCCCACCUAAAAAUCUGGUCAUUGCCCCUGUCCCCGUAUGGUGCUGCUCAGGCUUUAUUUUGUAGGAAUUAUAUAUUUUGUGCAUUGCAAUUAUUCAUGUAUUAAAUGGUAUUUAUUAAACCAGAAAUACUACUGUAUGUACAACAGUAAAAGAAAUCAAAGUGCUGACCAACA